GGAGGGUGCUGAGGCCCUGGCACAUAUUGACCAGAGAAGCUGUGGCUGUCCCAUCCCUGGAAGUGUCCAAGGCCAGGCUGUGCAGGCUUGGGGCUCUCUGAUCCAGUGGAAGGUGUCCCUGCUCGUGGUAUGAUCAAGGUGCUGUACCAUGUCCAGGUAGGACACUGCCAGCGUAACAAGCAUCCCAAGACAGCCUCUCCCAGGCCUUGAGCUCGGGUGGCUCCUCUGCUUCCUGCAGCAGCUGGGCGAGGGAGAAGAGCUGGGAUAGCCCCACGUAUCCAGCCGCUGCCCACAGCACCCCUAGGAUGGAUUCCAAAGGCAACGUCCGAAGCGGAAACAAACCCGACGCCAAGGCCGCCAGCUCCGGGAAGCCGGAAAAGCCCAACCCCGGGCCUGCCACGAAUGCAGACAAGAAGGAGGCCCCCAAAGAGCAGCCUGCUCCUGCCACGGCCACCAAGAAGGCAGCAGGUGACGCUGCCAUCGCCAACAACCACAGCAACCUGAAGCCCGGCCCCGCCGGCACGGAGCCGCAGGAGGCCAGCGGGCAGUCCCCUGACUCUGACCACAAGGGAAACAGCUCCGAGGAGUCCCCGGGCGGCUUCUUCGACAACAUGAAGCCCUUGAUCAUCGUGGGAGGAGUGGCGGUGGCCGCGCUGGCUGUGAUUGUGGGAGUGGCUUUCCUAGCCCGGAAAAAAUGAAGACCGAGACGGGGUGGGGAUGAGGAACCCAGCCCAGCUGUACAGCUCCUUUUGAGACAAAUGCAUGCAGAGAAAUUCUAUACAUAGCUAUAUAUAUAGAGAGCGAGCUAGAUAGGCCAACAACAAACACCAACUGCAACUCCAGGGUCUUGUUCAAGACGACUGUGCCAGUCUGACCCGCUGUGGGUAACUCCAUGCACUCAGUGUGUUCUUUCAUGUAAUAUAUCUUGGCUUAUACCGCUGUGUAUAGAUUACAGCUUCUCCUGAUCGGUGUAAAUGACGGUGUCCCCUCCCCUCCCCUGCUGUCCUCCCUGGGAGACACCUCCCCUCCCCUCCUUGCAGUCCCGUUUUCAAGUCCAAAGUGUUCUAUGUCCCAUUCAGAGUCCCAAUUUGUGUUUUGGUUUCUGUUUGGUUCUGUUUUAACUUGGGCUGUGGUAAAGAAGAUGGAAGGGGAGUGCUAAGGCCCAGCUCUCCUGUCACACUGGGCUGGGGGUGUUUUUCCAGCCCCAUCCCAGGACAAGGGAAGCGCAGGGGCAGUGGCAGGGAAGAGGCAGCUCCCUGACCCAACAGCCAUGGGCGAUCCCUAAUCGGUGUCUGUGCAUCUGCCCCUCAUCAUCCCACCUUGGAACGCCGGCCUGGGAAGUGCUCCGGAGGAACCAGGGUGGCUGUGGCGUGGCAGAGCCCGGUGUGAGCCUGGAUGUCACAUCAGGUCACUCCUCUGGCUGAGCUGCCAGCGGGACAGUGACCAGAGGGGCUGUGCUGUGGCCCAGAGAAGUCCCAUUGCAGCCUUCAGGAUCCCAGGGCUCGCCAGGGUCACGUGGGCAGCGUUUGGAAUAGAGAGACUUUGUUUUGGAUCUAGUAUUUCCUAAUGUUAGGCUGGGUUUUGCAGGGUGCUGUGGGCUCAGUCCAAGCUCCCUCGAGGUUGGCUGGACUAUUUGUGUUCAUUUUUUGGGGUUUUGGAUAAGGCCUUUCACUGGAUUUUUUUUUCCCCGCUGAAGGCUGUGGUCUCUCAGCAUAUGGGAAGACAGGAAAAUGGGGAGAAAUGAGCUGGUGUUAGGGGCAGAGAGGACCUGGGACCCAAUGAGAGUAACACUAACCUACCUGCUUUAUACCAGGGAACCCCCUUCAAGGGCACUUGAAGGAUUUCUUGCCUCCCUCUUGUGACAGUAGUAACAGGGAUUUGUAACUCGUCCACACUUUGGAAAUGGAAACAAAUUCCUGGCCCUCAGGAGCAGCCUGAUUUCAUGGGUGAGUACCUUGGCUCCCAAGCCAGAUCUUGUGAGGGGGAGGAGAGAGGGUGUUUAGUGCUUUGGCCGGUGCUCAGCACUAAACAGCAAGGGGUGAGGAGCUCUGCCUCUGAAAGCUUCCAUUAGGCUUCUCUUGGCUGCUGCAAAACAGUGUUACAAAAACCCCUUACAUUUUGGGUUGAAGUGGGGUCAGAGAUGAGAUGAGGUCCAGUGGGAGCUCGGCAGCGGCCACAGCCCAUGGGCAGGGCAGGAGUGAUGGUUAGAAAGGGGCUGUGACACAGUGGGGUGAGCUCUGUUACAGAGCCCAUCGAUCACCUUUAACUGGGAUGGAUGGAUGGAUGGAUGGAUGGAUGGAUGGAUGGAUGGAUGGAUGGAUGGAUGGAUGGAUGGAUGGAUUCAGGGGCUGUAGGGAUAGAGGGGGAUGUGCAUUCAUUCCUCAGGUGCUGCCUAUGCAGUGUCUGCCUCUGGCACAGUCCCUGGAUGGGAUGGUGUGGGGGUAUAACCUGACCUGGCAAUUCUGCUCUUGGCUUGUGUCUGUCUUAUUCACCUCCAAAACUGAAUGCACAUGGGCUUGGAAUGCAUGGCUACUCCUGUGGUGAGCUCAGAAAAUAUUCCCAAGGGUGUGUGGCCUCUGGGAAUAUCAGGCACUGUGUCCUGGUGCAGAUGGAAGUUGAUGCCUCCACCUUUGCCAGCACAGAGGCAGAAGCAGGCGUGUUGGGCUCACAGGAGUUUUGGGAAGCAGGGCUACAGCUCCACGUGAGAUCCUGGUAGCCUAAAACACUCUUGGCAUGAGCUGUGGAUGUGUAUCCAGCAGCAGUGUGUCACUUACAGCCUGGGGAAGGGUUAGAAGCAGGAGGGUCCUCCUCUCCCCUCAGCAGCACAACUUGGCAGGGAAAUUUUCACAGGGAGUUUUGCUAACGUUGCUCAGAAGGAAAUCAGCCCCUCCUGUUCUGGUUCAUGUUUUGCCGUCUAAGGUAGUGAUUUUCAGACAGUGACUUAUGUUUUCAAGAGAUGUUUCUGCCUUUCCUGCCCCCUCCCUCCCUCUCAGCUCUGGCCUAGGAUUGUUUUCAGCAGUGUGUGACAUUAGGCACAGCAUCUAUCUGUUCUGCCCUGACCAGCAUAGAUAGAUCAGAGGAGGAAAGGGAAGCACCUGCUCCACUCGAGUCUCCAGUUUUCCUUUCUAAAAUGUUUUUAUUUCCUUGUCUUCACCUUUGGCAACAGAAGAGGGGAAAACCAGUUCUCAGCCAAUGGCCUUAACCUUUUCUCCCUCUCCAAACCCUGCCUGCCCUUAGAGCACUCGGAUGCAAGGCCACCAAUUUCAUCCAGAAACGCCCCAGAGGUGGUGAUGGGGCCACAGCUCCUCAUCAGGCACGGCGCUCAUUCGAGCCCUCCCUGCUCGGCCAGCCUGGUAUGUUCUGUUUGUCAGGGGUUUCUGAACGAGGUCUGUCCUGUUCCCAAGGGAUUUCCCACUUCCUGUGAUCAGUCUGCUGUCGAGGUUCAGCACCUGGAACCCGCCUCUUUGGCAGUGUGGUUUGGAAAACACCUCUCUGUGUCUGUGUGUGCCUUGAAGCACAUCCUGCGUGUGUGUGUGUACAAACCUUUGUGUUGCAUUGCUGCAGUCUGGGAGGGGGAGAGAAUCCAAGCUGGAGAUGCCCCUUCCUUCGUUCCCUGCAGUCACACCAAGUGUCCAUGAUGUGUUUUCUGUGCCAUUCCCACCACGCCAUGCAGCUCCUGAAUUCCUUUCCAGUCCUGGUUUCUCCUCAGUGCAAGGGAUGUCUGGCUGGUGAAGUGCUGAGUGUGUGGUGUGCUCAGAGCCCCGAGCCCCUGCUCCCCCCCUGGGCAGUCCUGUGGGCUCUUUGCUUUAAAUUGAGGCACUUUUAGACCCUCCUGGACUGUGCUGCAGCGCUUUUCCAAGCGUGGCUCUAGUGUUAAGCCGGGCAGAUCCAGCGUAGAUGCCACAGCGUGCCGCAGCCCUGCCUUGCAAACAGCUCCUGUCCUGCCUUCCUGUGCCAGGCUGUGCAAUGCUUUUGUUCUGAGCCAAAAAUGUCCAGCGAGCACCAGGGAGGGAGCACAUGCCCCUCUCUCAGCCCCAAAGCUGUGGAAGCAGAAGGCUUUAAUGACUGACCUCGCUGCUGUGCUAAAUAAAUAGUUGUCUUUUCUCUCGUA